UUUGUUGAACAAUGAUCCCCAACCCUGCCGCGCUCAUGACUUUGACUCACAGCAGAUGAGUUUAAACCUGUCAGACAGCAUUCCACUUUGUGUAUCGCAUUUUUGGUAAAGUAUUCUGCAGUGUAACACACACGUGUUAUCUCAGCAAUGCUUUUCUCUAAGUGUUGUUUGCGAUGGCUGGCGUUUCAAUGGACCUGUAGUGGUUGUCAGCAUUACAGGCUUUUAGAUAAUACACACUUUGGCAUAAGUAAAUUACAGGCUGAACCAUAAAAGGUGUGUGAAGUCGGGGGUUAUUUUUUGCCAUCAGUCCUAGACAUUAGACGUGUUUACCGGUUAGACAAUAGACAGCGUCAAUUUUUUUUUUCAUUUUAUAUUUUCAAAGUGAAACUAUUCCAACCGAGGUGGACCGACUAGCCUACAACAUUCUGCGUCGAUUGGUUAAAACAAUAUCAGAUCAACAGGCCCAAGAGCAAAAGUCCAAUUAACUCGGUCUGCUGACACUGGCGUUGUGGGGUUGGUGUUUACGACCCCUCACUUGUGUUUCCUACACUCCCGUUCAAAGACGAGUAGGGGGAGGCAGCCCCAGCAUCCACACGCUGUUCGCUCUGCCUCUACUGGUUCGUGUCGGUGGUGGGACCUCCUGAGCGCCCGUCGACCCACCAGCCUCUGAUGGUGAUCCGCGCUUCACGCACACAGCAGCAGCAGCGGUCGCGGAGGGGGGGGGCGGUGCAGAAAGGACGCGCGGCGUGGAGAGGAGGACGGCGCUGCUCCAUGAGUGCGAUGCUCCCUCCAUCAGUGUGAUGCUCCCUUGUGUUGGAGUGUUCGCCGAGAGAGGACCGCAUAGUACGUUGAGAACCUCGCCGUACGCUUCGACUGUAGCCCACGCUGCUGAUCAUCGGGAGGAAGUCUAAAUAGCCAACCCUCCCCCCUCCCGGUCCAGAAGAGCCGUUCUGAAUCUUCAUCGUCCUCCACACCCCCCCCCCCCCCCCACACACACACACACACACAGCAGCACACAGCGAACCAUGACCGAGGAGGGGCACACCCUGCCCCCGUCCUCCCCCUCCUCCCCCCCCGACCCAGAGGAGCCCGGCGCCCCCGCCCCCCGCCCGGACCAGGACCCGGGCGGGACUGAGGGGGAGCGAGGUGACGGGGGACAGGGGGAGGACAGCCCACCGGGGGAGACGGCCCCGCAGGGAGGAGAGGAGGGAGUAAGAGAAGAGGAGGAGGAGGAGGAGGAGGAGGGGACGAGAGACGGCCUGGGACGGGAGGCCGAGGCACCCGGGCUUGAGAGCGAGGGGACAAGCGAUGGCCCGGAACGCAAGGGCCCAGAACAGGAGGGCACGGGACAGGAGGCCUCUGUGGAGGGCCAGGGACUCGAGGGCUCUGUGGAGGGCCCUGCAGAGGGCCAGGGGUGCGAGGCCCCUGCGGAGGGCCAGGGGUGCGAGGGCCCUGUGGAGGGCCCUGCAGAGGGCCAGGUGUGCGAGGGCCCUGUGGAGGGCCAGGGGUGCGAGGGCCUUGCAGAGGGGGAGACGACGGGAGGAGCGGAGCAGACGGAGGUGGUCAAGGACGGAGUGGAGGGAAACGGGACCGGAGCUCAGGAGAGCUGGCCUCAGCCUCCACAGGCAGAGCGGCUAGAGAAUGGGAUAGAGGAAGAGGACGAGGACGAGGACGAGCAGGAGCAGGAAGGAGCAGGCCAGGCGCCGCCCACGCUGGCCCACCUGGACGCCUUCAGCUCCAACUUCGAAUCCUCGGUAGAACAGGCCGUCACAGAGGUGGUGGGGGGGGGAGGAGGAGGAGGAGGAGGAGGAGGAGGAGGUCGGCGAGGCCCAGCCUUUAGGGCCCGCAAGUCAGACCCAGGACAGCUUCAGCUCCACCUUCGAGGAGAUCGUUGAGCAGGUGGACGGGCGGGAGGAAGAGGAGGAGGAGGAGGAAGAGGAGGGGGAGGGGGAGGGGAGGCACCCGGGCGAGGGGGACGGGCGGGGGGGGCAGCAGGGACGGCUUCAGCUCCACCUUCGAGCGCAUCGUGGAGUCGGCGC